UUUGUAGAUUGUUAAAUAAACCAAUUAACGAUCUCUACAGCGUAUUCAGUAACGUAAACACGUUACAAUAUGGUUCAGACCAUUGAGUAUUCUGUAGGCAUUCAUACAGAACGCAGAGUAGUAACCUCAGUUGUACUAAGGCCAGGCAUUGUGAGACAGGAAAUAGUAGGUGGCCCAGCAGUGGAAUUGCCUAGGAGGCUCAAAGGACCAUUUGUCAAAGUCAUGGGUGAAGAGAUUAAACAUAAACAUGGGCAAAAGUUGCAGACACUGUACAAGAAACUCUGUUCAAAAAUGGGUACUUCCCAAGCAUUGGUUAAUGCUAUAUUAGCUAUAGUCUCACAACAGUUCAAGAAAGUGAUUCCAAGGAGAUUCAUAGUUGGCAAAUGGGCUGACAUGGGCAGUAUAAUGGUCGAGGAAUUCCCUAAUUGGACGGAUGUUUGGAGAAACAUAUCAAGUGCUGCUGAGCACUGUAAGAGCCUGAUAGACGACGAAGUUGUGGAUGCCCUUUUCAGGUUCUUUGAUUAUAAUGUUAAGCAGAUUUUUAAGUUCCUCAACCCUAGCCCAACAGAAGAGAGUGCAGCUGUUCUAGGUGCUCUCUAUACGGUAAGCCAUGGCAGAUUCCUCACUGCUGAGUGUUAUACCUUGACCUCUGCCUUAGGAGCCAAGCACAUUGCAAAAUGCUGGAGAAUGGCCUCCUUGAGGAAAAAGCAUCUUAAAAGGGAUACCGACUACAACUGCGACAUCAUGUCCAAGAUUUAUAGCAAUUUGGCUGCACAGGCUGAAAUCUUUGACCGUGCUUCAAUUACAGGGCAUUUUGUAUUUCUGGGAGCCCAUAAUGCAGUUUUCUCAUUUUUGGAAAGUCUUGACGAAAACAGCAGUGAAGACAUGCCUCCUGUUCACUCACUUUUUGACAAUGGAAGGAGAAAGAAAGAAGUAUUACUCUGGGCUUGGAAGUAUCCUGGGCAGGAUAGGUGGCAGGAAGAGAUCUGAUGUUAAAGCAUUUACAUAUGACAUGGAAAACACUGUUAAGGAUAUAAUGAGUAUGGGAGAACUCCAACUAAUCGGCAACAAGGAAGAAGUUUAUGCUCCUGAAGUUGACCCUGUAACUGAAGCUAAGGAUGCCUAGAGACCUGCAUUGUUGCAAGAUAUGAUAUUCAAAAAUGUGGCUACUGAAGAGAAAUCACAUGGACUCAAGGAAAGGAAGAUUGUGAGUGCUUAUCUUAAGGUGGGUGGAGAAGGAGUAGGUCAGUUCCUGAAGGGCGAAUGGGACACUGAACCAUGUUCUAUCUCAGACUCUGACCUUUAUGAUGAAGCUAUUGAGUCCUAUAAUGACUGGUUGGCAGACCUAGAAGAUUCCGCUGAUCAUGUUCAAUCUCAAGCACCUGAUGAGCUGAUUUAAGAAAUAAAUGUGUUAGACAAGAUUGCUUUGGUUAUCUGUAUAAUAGAAGGAAAUGUUACAUAGGAUAUUUGUAUAUAUGUAUAAGUCAUGGUAUGUAAAAAAAAAAGGCAGGGUGGUAAUGACGCCAUCCUCGAUGAGGUUGGCCAAGCCACAGCUGUGUCUUUGGUGAGGACGUAUCACAGACCAGGGAUGCGCUGGGACACAGCUUUGGAACACCUCCUCGUGGUCCCGCCGGGCAACGACAGUCUUGGAUGGUCUGGAUCAGUAUGACCUUCCGGGGCUGGCGGCUGAGUUUCCAUAAAGGGCAAUGGCUAUAUGACUGGAGCCUCCCACAUGGUGGCAUAAUGACUCUUGGGUGUCACUACAGUGUACCCGGGACAAAUGUGAGAGAGCACUCCUAUGGGGGUAGCUACAGCUAUUUUACUUGUCUCCCUUGAGUACCGAUAAGGUGCCGCAAACCUCUGGGCUCAACACUCUAAAAUGGUUUGACCACCCCUUUGGAGGGGUGGGAAUGGGGGAGCUCAGAAGCAACCCCAGGGGCGAUAAUCUUGUGUAGGAUGCCCUGGUCGCAACCUCAUGACUAACUGGUGUCGCACUCCCAUUUAUCGUCUGGGAUACCCUUCUCCCCCCGAACAGGCACUCUUGGUCCUGGAGGCUUCUGAGGGUUGCAUUUUACAGGACCAAGCCACCUAAGCCAAGGUGUGAGGCAUCGUGCUCAGGGCUGCAUGGCACUGGGGUGGUAAUUAGCCAGUGUCUUGAACGAUCCCCUUAUGGCACCAGGCAGCACCCCGUUGCAUUUAUGCCUUCCAUCCAUAUGGGGCGCUGCGGGUGGUGACCUUUUAAAUCCCCAUAACUUGUGGGACCAAAAUGAAAGGAACCAAACUAAAAGCCGGUCGUAAAGACCUUAAACUGAAGAGGGACCCCCCUCGAAGGGGAUCCCUAUGAGAAAUGCUUCAGCAUGGGGCUGGAAGCUCUGGUGAACCAUUAAGGGGCCCAGUUGCAACCAGCAAACCUGCUGUUGAAAUUUCAACCAAAGGUAACGGUGAACCAGUGAUUCAAAACCUGCCAGACGUAAAACCAAAAACUACUCUCCUGGGGGUCAGUAGUACUGACACACCACUUCAGGGAGCUAGUACUUCUAACAUACCUGCAGCAGGAGAAGGACUGGGACACCUAGUAUCUUGAGUCGGUGGACCCUAUCUGGCGAAGAAAACCUUGUCUGGAUGCGCUAGACGGAAGUUGAAAAAGGCAGGAGCUGAGGCAAGCAAAGCAGGAACUGGGAGCAGUAAGCAACCAGGAAAUGCAGGCUUGUCCAAACAAGAAGAAACCCCCACUGGCACCUUUAAGAGGCCAAGGUGGAGGGCAGUACCCCUACAGAAACGGCCAGAAUUCCGAAAAGGCCCAGGGACUUACAAGGAGGCUCUGACCAAUAUAAAGGACAACUAUCCUGAGGAUAAGCUUACUGAAGAUGACCUAAAUUCCAUUCUGGAAGAAUUGGGGGAGGUGUUACGUAAGACUCCAAAGGGAGAACUACCACACCUGAAACCCUACAGACUAGUGGGAAGUGCACUUAUCAAUGUAUGUGCCGACCAACAGUCUGGUCAAUGGCUCACCAAAGCCAUUGACAAACACAGGCUGGAAUCAGGGGCCAGGAACCUGCCCAAGCCUGUUAAAGUGGCUCUCCGGACUAGGAACAAAAUUGCCCAGAAUCAGGAAGAGCUGCUGAAAUGGAUUGCAAACCUUAAACCAGGACUUCAUACUGAGAACUGGAGGGUACUCAAUAAGCAAUCUGAGUCAAAAGGCCAAAGGCUCAUCUUAUUCAUAGACCAGGACUCCCAUACUAUUAUACAGAGGACUGGUUACAAAAUAUUUACAGGAGACUGUUAAGGUGCCAGAUGAUCCUGAAGUUCAGCGCCGGGUAGAACCUGUGACAGAUACAGUAUCUUCUAACUCGGUCUCUGAGGAGGAAGGGGAUGAGAUAGCCAGACCCCCAGAUGACCAAAGCAAAGCAGAUCAGGGGACCCCUUCACAUGGAACCCAGUCCGACGGAGAGGGACAUAAGAUGGAAAUUGACCCCUCCCCAGUUGGAAGAGAUCAUGAAAUUUCUUCAAAUCAACCUAAACCACAGCAAAGAUGCCACGGCAGGUCUGUGCCAACAGCCAGCUGAGGGUAAGGCGAUACAGCACUUAUUUAUUAACCUUGGCUAUACAAGGGUCAAGUAAGGGGCUUAACAAGCACAGGGGGAACAGUUUACUCUACUGUACCCCAUAAUAAUGCAAGAUCCUGUGUUUAUAUCAGGAAUCAUGUUAAUGCCUUGCCUUUGCUGGAGCUCUGUUCUAGGGAUGUAACAGCGGUAAGGAUAACAUAUCCAUAUCGAGGAGGCAGCAGGGAGCUGAUUAUUGCUUCAGUCUACCUUCCAUAUGACUCGGAUGGAACUCCACCAACUAAGGAAAUGAGGGACGUCACAGACUACUGCUGUAGCAGGAAGAAGCAACUCAUUAUUGGGUGUGAUGCCAACGUGCACCACAUCUUGUGGGGGAGCACCGACACUACCCCAAGGGGAGAGAGCGUUAUGAAAUUUCUGGAACUGUUGAGCCUCAGGGCAUUCGUGCAAUGGGAGAGUUGCAGAUUGUAUCGGCAUGUUGCUAGGCGACAAUUCUGUGAAUGCUUGGAUUGCGCAACAGGAAGUGCAAGUGACAUCACAUAUCCCCACUCAUCCCGUUACUACGCAAUGCUCGGUAAACACCCCUCCCUGUUAGGCGUUG